CCUCAGUGAUGGGGGACUGGGAUGGGGGCCUUUCCCCUCUAGGGGGCGCCAGCUCCUCUCAGCACUGGUUAGGGAGGGCUGGGUGGCUCAAGAGGGUGGGGGAGGGACCUGGGCCUUCCCCCCCGCCCCUUUCGAGGGUGCUGUCUACGAUCUUGUCCCAGAGCCGGGUCUCCGUGCUGCAACCCCUGUGGCUGGCCAGACCAUGGGUGGGGGCGGAGGGCACAGUAGGCCCCAGGCUGGUCACUCUGGUUACGUCUACACUGCACAGUUACUUUGGAAUCGGCUCUUCUGGAAUAGUGAUUCCGAAAUCGCAGGCUACAUGGCAGGGAAGCCUCCCAGUGAGCCUGAGGAGGAAUAGCAGGGAGACCCUGGGGAGGGGCUACUUGAAAUAGCAGCAGUGGGGGGUCUCCCCGCACCUUAUUCCCAAUAGCGACAGGAAGAGGCGUUAUUCCUCGUCCAACGGGGCUUGCCGAAGUCGGAAUACGCCGUCCGUUAGCUCGAGAUUCUCUCGAAAUAACGGCAUGGCUGGGUGGACGCUGGCCUAGUUAUUCCGGAAUAACUGGGUGUAGACCCACCCUUAUGCUCCCACCUGCAGGGGCCGGGGCUCCCCCAGCUGCAGCCCCCUCCAGCGUGGCCCUGGUGAAGCAACGGCUGGAGGAACUGCUCAGCGCCCCCCAGCGCUUCCAGGAGGCCUGCCUGGACGACGAGUGCGCCUUCUACACGAGCCGGGCCCCCAGCAGCCAGCCCUGCGCCCCCCACCGCUGCACGGACCCCAUGGCCAGGCUGCUGAAGGCCCAGGAAUCCAUGUACUUUAUCCCCAUCCCGGAGCCGGGGGGCAGCCUGCAGGAAGCCGGGAGCUCGCUACAGGCAGCCCUGCCUCAGCAGCCCUUGAGAUGACGGCGGGGGACUAGGCCUACUCAGCACGGACAC